GAGUUUCAGAACCUCAUCACCAACUUGGUGAGCCUCCAUAGCCGAGAGCUGGCUCAGGCCCGUCUACAGGACCGAAUGACAAAGUCACCGAGUCAGCGCUCCAGUCGAAAACCCGCAGCGCCAGCGUCGCCUACGAGUUCGGUGAGUACAGGUGGUGACUGGCAAGAGCCUCUUCAGCCCAUGGACCUCGCCACCCAUACGGCCAAGAGCUUAGGCGAGAAGUUGAACACAGACACGGCCGACGCUGAAGCGGAGGAGAAAGCGACACUGAUGCACAAGCUCAGGCAGUUCCUGCAAUCCAACUACUUCGACGCGAUCAUUUCGUGUGUCCUCGUCGCAAACGUGCUGUUUCUGGCUGUGCAGCUUCAGAUGGAGGGGUCACGGAUUGGUUACGAUAUUGACUACUACCCGACGAAGAACCCAAACGACAGCCGCUGGCCAAGCAUCCUUGAGGCGCUGCAGUUCAUUGAGCACAUCUUCACGAUUAUCUUCUCCUUGGAUGUGUUCGUUCGCAUCAUUUGCCUCCACUGCUCCUUCUGGAAGAGCGCGAUGAACUGGAUUGAUUUCAUUGUGGUGACGCUGACGAUCGGCACUCUGGUGCUGGACACGUCCUCGCUGCCUUUGGACCCGAUCUUUCUGAGAUUGCUGCGGCUGGGAAAGCUGGCACGGGCCUUUCGCAUGAUCAUCCUCUCAGGCAAGCUGGAGUCUUUUGGUCUCCUGUUGAAGUGCGUGGUGGCCAGCGUGACCAUGCUGGGGUACGCCACCGGCGUGCUGAUCUUCGUGCAGUGCGUCUGCGGCAUGAUCAUCAGCACCCUCGUCUCCCGGUACUUGGAAGACCCUGCCAUCGACAAAGAGGCAAGGAGGUAUGUCUUCCAGUACUGGGGUACCUUCACCCGAACUUUCUUGACCAUGUUCGAGGUUCUCUUCGCGAACUGGGCUCCGGCCUGUCGAUCUCUGACGGACUACGUGAGCGAAUGGUUCACUGUGGUCUUUGUGGGCUACAGGUGUGUCGUGGGCUUCGCGCUGCUCAACGUCGUGAGCAGUGUGUUCGUCUCUCAGACGCUGAAGAUCGCCGACUCAGACGAAGAAUACUUGAUCAAAGUCCGGGCGCGGAAUGAAGCACAGUAUCGCAAAAAGCUCCAUGCCCUUUUCAAAGCAGCUGACACAACGGACGACGGCUUUCUGACCAUCGAGGAGUUCAUGCAGCUGCUGUCAAAUCCACAGUUGCAGCUCUGGCUCAGCCAGCUUCAGCUCGAGUAUCACGACCUCGUGGAGCUCUUCGGCAUGAUCGAUUCGGGCGACGGGCGAAUCGACUGGAAAGAGUUCAUGGAUGGGGCGGUCCGACUUAAAGGGCAGGCCAAGAGCAUGGACGUCUUCCGCCUGGAGACCAAAGUGGACGCGAUAAUGAAGUCGGUGCUGCACUUGCAGAUGCCCUUCAUGCGAGGGACAAGCCGGCAAGUCACGAAUUGA